AUGGUUUCGCAAAUGGAAGUUGGGCCUUCCCACUCUAAUACCCUGACGCGGAGGGGUCCCUCCUCCGUCGCCAGCUCGUCGAGGCAUCGCAGAUCUAGCAGACAUCGUAGACAUGAGGGCUACGUCUCGAAUGAAUUCCCCGAAUUCUCACAUACCGGUGAUGUGGAGAUACUGGUCAAGGCCGGCUCGAGAACGAACCGCUACCUCCUUCACCGACUCAUACUAUCGCAAUGCUCGGGCUUCUUUGAAGCAAGCACCAGUCAGGAGUGGUCGCGCAGUGGGAAUGAACCUAGAACAGGAGCAGAGCUGGCGCGGAUAGGGGAGGAUUUGAGUAGUAGUGAAGCGGGCAGGAAUAAGGAGGUCAAGAAGCGGUGGAGGUAUGAGCUUGAUCCCGGCGCUGACGGCGACGACAUCCCCAUGCUGGUUCAGAAAGAGAAUACAGCAGUAUCUCUCUUCGGCUCAAAUGACGGUCGUCCUCCAACUGUCCGGAACAAACCUCAGCCUCCAACUUCGAACCCAUCGUUCUUCCGUUCUGUUGCAAACCUCUCGCUCCACGUUCACGAACCCCCUCCUCCCCCAAUCAGCCAACAAGAUCAAGAUCUCCUCACCGACUACGAUAACCUCUUCCGCAUCUUCUACAACCACCCUCCAGCACUCAACUCGAUCGAUAUCGCUAGCGCAUAUGUCCAAUGCAAAUCCCUCCUUACCCUCGCAGACCAAUACGACGCCCUAGCGGUCGUGGGACCUCGAAUCGACCACCACCUCCUGCAAUUCCAAUCCCGGCUCUGGAAGCAAAUUGCCAAGUACCCGUCCUCAUAUCUAAAACUAGGGUACCUCGCGCAAUCGAAAACCAUAUUCCAGGAAGCUCUCAUUCAUGUGGUUGGUGCAUGGCCGCAAGGCGAACGCCAUAUCAGACACCAGCUCCCCGACGCGGUCCUCGAAAUCAUCGAAGACAAGGUGGAAGAUCUCGCGGACAUGGUGGGGAAAGUUGAGGGUAGACUCUUCAGAUUAACACUCAUGACGAGCAGAGGCGAGCGCGUGACUCCGUAUAAUUCACAUCUAGAUUGGUUGGUCGUGUCGCUAUUCCGACAGUGGUUUUCAGAUAGCACCGCUCCUCCACCACCUACCCCACCGCCUUCCUCACGCGCUCCCCCUUCACGGGGUAGCAGUUCUGGCCAUCACUCCCGCCAGAGCACUAACACCAACACAACGCUCGUACCCCACCCUACCACAACCGUCGACCACACUUCCCCAAACCCCUCCAUCGGCCGCACAAUCCGCGCCCUGGGCACCACCUCGUCAUCAACCUACCUGACCCACGACGAGUGCAAGAAAUUCCUUAAGCUCUCCCCGGAUCAAUACUCCCGCGACAACCUCAAGCGCUUUGAGCGCCGGGUGGACGAACUAAAAGGCAUGGCGAGGGAGAUCGUCAGACCGCUUAUGAGAUGCGCGUUGUUGGGCGGUGCGGAGGCUAAUAAUGUGGGGUAUUUAACGUGUACGAGGGUUGAGGAGAGGGAUUUCCCGUGGUUGGAGUAG